CUGCCAUCUCUGGGCAGGACGUGGCUUCUGUGCGGAUCCACGAAUCACAAAGGAACAGAAGAAGGAGUAUUGCGCAAAAACUUGUGGAUUGUGUUAAUUGUUGUGUCGAUU